AUGGGAUACCCUAAUCCAUUGAAGGUGCUUUCCAGAAAGCUCACAGAUAACAUUGUUGUUGCCAGCAGUGGUUUCAAAAGAGUCGACCGUAUCAAUUUCGGUGCAAGAAUGGCACUCUUCAACUACAAUGGGUCUGUGGUUGUGUGGUCCGCUAUUCCUUACAACGACGAUGUCGCUAAGGCAUUGCAGCUCGUAGCUGGCUCCUCUGACUUCAAUGUGUCACAUCUCAUUAUCCCAGACAAGGAGCACACUAUGGCCGCCUGUUCUUUCAAAGAACAAUAUCCUCAGAUGAAGAUCAUCGCCAUGGAAGGUGUAGACUUGGGCGAGAAAACUCCUAUAGAUUACCCAUUCUCUGCUGAGCAUGCUGGUAAGAUUAUUGGCUCAGAUGCCCUCCGAGGAAUUGGUAUCACUGAUCCAGUAAUCCUUUCCAACUUCGAGUUCGUGUAUGUUCCAAAACAUGCCAACCAGGAGCUAGUCAUGUAUGAAAAGCAGUCUAAAACGGUCUUCGAAGCUGACUUAAUCUUUAAUUUACGUGACGACGUGCCAAUGGAGCAGUUUCCAGAUAAUCCACACCCAUUUACGGGCUGGUCUUACAUUGCAAAGUACAUGAAUCCAGAUAGCAAAAUUGGAUGUACUUUGUUCCGCAAGGUUGCCAAUCCUAGCGCCUCUGCUGAUAGUCUUCGGGCCAUUUAUUCGUGGGACUUCGACCGAUUGGUGAUGUGUCAUGGUAACAUUAUCGAUACCAAUGGAAAGCAGGCAUUCAAGAAAGUAUUCGGCAGCGUUUUGACUAAAGAGUAA